AUGGUACGCAAGGCAGCAGCAGCAGCAGCUUUCCCAAUGGCUCUGCGCCGCAAUGGAUCUCGUAUUCGCAAGGCCUUAGAAGUCUGUGAUCUUGCCAAGCAUUCGCAGCAGUUGGUGCGUAGCUCGCUGCCUCUGCGUGUGCUUGGACUCGAUGUCAAUACCAACAGUACAGGUUUCGCCGUCGUGACGGAGCGUGGUCGUGUGUGUCGCUGGGGCCACAUCCCCACCACGAAAUUCGCCAGCGCUGAUGUGCUUCGCAUUGGCAGCGCUGUUGACGACAUUUUAGCGACGGUACAAGACGCCGAGCAGCAGCAGGAACCAUCAGCUCAAUGGGUCGUGGGUAUUGAAGCUUUCAUGCGGAUGUUUCGCUCUGGUCGUUUCCACAACGCCGGUAUUUUUCAACUGGCGCAGCUCAAUGGAAUCGUGUCCUUUGCUUGUUGGAAACGUUUUAAUGUGCUGCCAUUGCACACUCAUCCGUCCGCUGCUCGUGGGUUCUUUGGCCUUAGUGCUCCGUCAGGAAGCAGCAAGACGAACAGCAUCAAACAUCAGGUUAUGGAAUUCUUAGAGCAGCAAGAACCCGAUGUAGCAGGACAACAAGAUGAAGGGCUCGAAUCUCUGCCCACUUUGGAGCGAAUGCGUACUGGUGCAUUAGCAGGUUCGGCAUUCGACAUUGCCGAUGCCUACGUGAUUGCAGCUUAUACGCGCUGUGCAUACUUGCACAAACAAUUGAAGGUACAGCACCCUGAACUUGUUGAGCAUUUUGCGACACGAUACCUAGAGUUGACGCACGAAACAGCGGCGAAAACGAAGAAGAAUUCAAAAGAGAUGGAAGCUUUACAGACCAUGGACGAGAAGGAAGUAACUGCUUACACGAGUGAUCUGUUCGCUUUCGGCUUGGAGAACUGGUUCAAAGAGCACAACACAUGCUUCAUGCUACAAGAUGAGACAAUUGAUCGAUGA